UUUCCUUCCCAACAUCUCUUCGACCUCGACGCGCAUUUAUUUCACUCUACCCUUCCGCCUCUCUACCAAGACCUCAGUAAUCGACACAUUGCCCACCAUGGCUGCCACCGGCGCAAAAGAGCUCACGCUCGAUCCCAAGUACGACGACUACGACUACCCCACCACUGCUCCCACGCCCCAGAACGGCCACCCCGGCCACACGACGCCAGAGCAGGAUGCGCAGGUCCACCAGCUCAGGGCCAUGCUAGAGCAGGCCGGCUACACCAAGAACCUCGACACGUUGACGCUGCUGCGGUUUUUGCGUGCGCGGAAAUUCAACGUCGAGCUCUCUAAGCAGAUGUUCAUCGAUUGCGAGAAGUGGCGGGCGUCGUACGCGGACGUGGGCGUAGAGGAGCUGGUGCGCACCUUUGACUACAAGGAGAGGCCGGAGAUCUUCAAGUACUACCCGCAGUACUACCACAAGACCGACAAGGAUGGCCGCCCCGUGUACAUCGAGCAGCUCGGCAACGUCGACCUCACCGCCAUGGCCAAGAUCACCUCGCAGGAGCGCAUGAUUCAGAACCUUGUCUGCGAGUACGAGAAGAUGGCCGACCCGCGCCUGCCUGCCUGCUCGCGCAAGUCGGGCUACCUCCUCGAGACGUCGUGCUCCAUCAUGGACCUCAAGGGCGUGGGCAUUGCCAAAGCCACCUCCGUCUACGGCUACCUCCAGGCCGUUUCCGCCAUAUCGCAGAACUACUACCCCGAGCGCCUCGGCAAGAUGUACGUCAUCAACGCGCCCUGGGGCUUCUCGGGCGUCUGGAGCGUCGUUAAGCGCUUUCUCGACCCCGUCACCGUCAACAAGAUCCACAUCCUCGGCUCCGGCUACCAGAAGGAGCUGCUCGCCCAGGUCCCCGCCGAGAACCUGCCCAAGCUGUUUGGCGGGAGCUGCGACUGCCCUGGCGGCUGCGAGCUGAGCGACGCUGGACCCUGGCAGGACGACCAGUGGGUCAAGCCGCCCAAGUGGGCAAAGAAGGCCGAGGACAAGAACGUGAUUGAUAACACGGGCGUCCCUGCGCCGACUGCGGACGCGCCUCAGCAGCCGUUGACUGGCGCUGGGCCCGAGGGCGUUGAGCCCGCUGCGGCGCCGGCUCAGAACCCUAACACUGCGAACUCGGCAUGAUAUGGGAGCUGAAGGAUAUGCGACGUACUGUGUUCAAUUGAGGUAGAAGGGUUGAGGCGAGGUCAGGUGUUCUCUGUCACCUAUGCGUCUUUUUGCAGGCUUCAGAUUCAACUGCUGUAUAGAUGGUCGUGUGGAUGGAUUAACUACACUUGGUAAAGCACACAUAGUCGGAAACCUAUUCCUCUCGUC